UCAUCUUCGCGGCAACGUUACAUCUACUGCCAGUGACCUACGACGACGUGGCUUCUUCACAGCUCUUUGCGCCUCUCGCACGCUUGACCAACCUCGCUCGAACAUUUUCCACCAGCACGCCGGCGCAUAAAGCACCAACCAUGGCGAAGAAGACGCCCGUAUACUUUGUCUCCCACGGCGUAAGUGCUUAUCCGUGCCUCCUCGUUCAGAUCUUCAGAUCUCUAACGUUGUGGAUAGGGCCCAACAACAAUGUACGAAACAGACCACCCAGUCUACCCCGAACUCCAACGUAUCGGCAGAGAAAUCACACAAGUCGUCAAGCCCGCCGCCGUAGUCGUCUUCUCCGCGCACUGGCAAGCCGAGCGCCCCAACACGAUCGAGGUCAACACUUCCGAACAAGAACCCCUUCUCUACGACUUCUACGGAUUCCCACGCCACUACUACAUGGAGAAGUACCCGAACAAAGGCUCACAUUCCCUCGCGCAGAAAGUCAUGACCACGCUCAACGAAAGCGGGAUCAAGACCGAAGCCGCAGAACGAGGGUUGGAUCAUGGAGUCUUCGUCCCGUUCAAAGUCAUGUUCGACCCCGCGACGAAUCCGUUGACGGUCCCGAUCGUGCAGGUCAGUCUAUUUGACGACGACACUGAUGCCGCGGCGCAUAUCAGGCUAGGUCGUGCGGUGCAGAAAUUGCGCGAAGACAAUAUCCUGGUUAUCGCGAGUGGUAUGUCGGUGCAUAACUUGCGGCACCUGAUGAUGAGUAAGGGUAGGGGUCAGACGAUGCCGUAUACUGUGAGCUUCGAUGCGGCGUUGAAGGAUGCCGCGGAAACAAAACCUGGUGAGCAUCGGGACGAGGUUAUGGUUGAUUUACUUGAGCGGCCUGAUGCCAGACUGGCGCACCCGUCAUUCGAGCAUCUCUUGCCUGUUCAUGUUGCUGUUGGUGCCGCGGGGGAUGAUCAGGGGAAGCAAUUGUGGACGAUGGCUGAGGCCAGUAUGGGGUGGGCGCAGUAUCGAUUUGGAGAAGUGGCGGCUUGAUCAUCUGAGACUAGAUAUCUGGGUGGUCAAGACCCUCUCCCAGGCAUGUGUAUAUCUCUUUUCAGCAUUGAGCGAGCAUUAUAUGUACAAC